UAUAGUUUAUUUUACAAGUACUGCUAAAUUAAUAAAUGUAACUGCGCGAUAGUUAAACUAACUUUUAGUUAAAAGCUUAAUUAAUAUAACGCGAGUAGCAGAAACGGCGCGUCUCAUUUCUCUGACGUGAAUCUAGAAAAGUGUCUAAACGCAGAGGAAAACUCUUGGAGAAGCGACUGAGAUCUGCUCUUCAUUAUCAUCUACUGUUAUAAAGAUGGCGUUAAUUAAAGAGGAGAAUGAAGAUGUGUGGAUUAAAGAGGAGAAUGAAGAACUGAGGAUUAAAGAGGAGAGUGAAGGUCUGAGCAUUACAGAAGUGUUCACAGUGAAACAUGAAGAUCCUGAGGAACAAACAGGGCUGAUGGUGCUGAAAGAAGAGACUCGAGAACUGAAUGAAAUUGAAGAGAAAGAUCAGUGUGGGAAACAAUUCGAUUUAAUGACCGAUGAACCAUCUUCAGUGGCAAAGAACACUUCAUGUGAAGGAGCUGAGAAAACCAAACAUUUCCCCUGUCAUCAGUGUGGAAAAAGCUUUAGUCGAAAACAUGGCCUUAAUCUUCACAUGAGAAUUCACACUGGAGAGAAACCGUACUCGUGUACUGUGUGUGGAAAGAGUUUCAGUGCAAAAUCAGGUUUUAAUACCCACAUGAGGAUUCACACCGGAGAGAAGCCUUACUCCUGUACUGUGUGUGGAAAGAGUUUCACUGAAAAAUCGCGUUUUAAUAUCCACAUGAGGAUUCACACCGGAGAGAGGCCUUUCUCGUGUACCGUGUGUGAAAAGAGUUUUAAUGAAAAGAAAAAACUUGAAAUCCACAUGAGAAUUCACACCGGAGAGAAGCCUUACUCGUGUACUGAGUGUGGAAAGAGCUUUAGUGAAAAGUCAAAACUUGGAAUGCACAUGAGAAUUCACACUGGGGAGAAGCCUUUUGCCUGUCAGCAUUGUGGAAAAAGAUUCAGUCAAAUGGUUAGUCUUAAAUCUCACUUUCGUGUGCACACUGGCGAGAAGCCACAUACCUGCCAACAGUGUGGUAAGAGUUUCGCUCAAAAGUCUACCCUUACGGCUCACAUUAUCCGCCACACUGGAGAGAAACCGUUUCCAUGUGAUCAGUGUGAAAAGAGAUACGUAUGUAAACAUCACCUUAAACGGCACAAGAGGAUUCACGCCAAACAUAAAUAUUUCAUAUGUGAUCAGUGCGGAAGCAGUUUUAAACUGAAACAAAACUUUGACCAGCACAUGAAGAAUCACGCGGAGAAAUCUUUCAUAUGCGAUCAGUGUGGAAGGAAUUGCAUUAGUGAAUCAGGUUUGGAAUCGCACAUGAAAGUUCACACUGGGGAGAAGCCUUACUCGUGCACAGAGUGUGGAAAGUCUUGCAGCCAUAAGCACAACCUUACGGUGCACAUGAGAGUUCACACUGGAGAGAAGCCUUUUCAAUGUCAUCAUUGUGGAAAGAGAUUCGUUACGUCAUAUUUGCUUAAAUCUCACAUGAACUUUCACACUGGUAAGAAGCCGCAUACCUGCCGACCGUGUGGAAAGAGAUUUGUUCAAUAUUCAGCCCUUAAAGUCCACUUGAGAGUUCACAGCGGAGAGAGACCUUACACCUGCGCACAAUGCGGAAAGGGUUUCGCCCAGAAACAUGGCCUUUAUGUUCACAUGAGAACGCACACCGGAGAGAAACCUUUCACUUGCACGCAGUGUGGUAAAAGCUUUACAAGUAAAAAGAGCCAAGUUAUACACAUGAGAACUCAUCACACUGGAAUUAAACCGUUCGCAUGUAAAGAGUGUGGAAAGAGAUUUGUAUGUAAAAUUUACCUCAACCUGCACAUGAAGAUCCACACAGAGGAGAUUACAUGCUUUCAGUCUGAAAAGAGGUUCACUGUAAGGACCCGCAAAUUACACAUGGCCAAGCAAGCCUGCAAGUCUGGCCACAAUAACAAUCCUCAAGAUUUGCCAAAGUGAGCAUUUCAGCCCUGUCUUGCCGAUUAAUCUAGCAACAAACAUCCAGUGCUGCUGCGCCCUUUAUGAUUUACUCCACUGCUGCAUUUAAAAGCACUCAAUACCCCUAAAUAGUGCACCGUUUCUAGUGCUGCUAUUUCUAGUGCUGUCGGAAACAAUAGUGUAUGCAAAAGAAUUCCCCAUAAUGCACUGUGAGUUUGUGCAUCAAAUGAAUGUCCACACCUGACAACAAGACGGCGUCCCAAGGUUCAAAUUACAUUAUUUACUUAAAGCCACAUAGUUAGCGAGUUAGUGCUCCAAUUGUCUCGCUCAUUUCAGUCACUACCUUAAGUAAACUUGUGUAUGUAAUGGUGAACGUGAUCUCAGAGCAGGGCUUAAUUUGAGCCGGAUUUGGCACUUUUGAAGCCUGACCCGGCACCUGACUUUACCGAUCCCCCUCCUCAACCGCCCUUUUCCCCAUCUGCUGUUCACUAUUACUUUCUUUCGUGACUCCCCAACCCUCUUCACUUUCGUUUGCGACAGCCCACCCACUCUUCACUUUCGUCCUUCGUCCACGACAACCCUCUGCCAUCCAACCAACAUCCUUAUUGAUAUUAAUAAAAACGUAUUGCUAAUUAUAUAUGUUUAUUAGAGCUGUCAAACGCGUGCAUUGCUUCAAGAAAAUAAAUUGUAAUUAUCAUUGAAUCGUUUAGUUCCAGGGUACCCAGUCCUGGUUCUGGAGAGCUACCCUCCUGCAGAGCUUAGCUCCAACCCUGAUCAAACCCACUUAUCCUUAAUUACCAUGUCCUCCUCCUCAGUUUUUGAUCAGGGUUGGAGCUAAACUCUGCAGGAAGGUAGAUCUCCAGGAACAGGAUUGGGCACCCCUGGUUUAGUUAGUUAGUUGUUAGAUUUGUCCUGGUCAGACGAAGUCUGAACAUUGAAACAUACAGAACAUAUUCAAUAAACUCUGCUCUUUCUUUAUUAUCAUUACUUCGUCUCUUGCUUCUGCUCCUUUUUGGCUUCCUCUGUCAACUCCUAUAUUAAUUCAGUUCUGCAUACUGAUUGCCAGGUUUAGGUAUUGGGAUGCUCUGCUGUCUCGUUUUCUGACAGAAUUUACUUAUCUUGCAUGGAGAGUGUUUUAUAAUGAGGAACCAAUGAAUGAACAAUUUUAAUCAAAGAAAACAAAACAAGAGCUCUUGUAGGACUCGCCACUUGAUAAACACUCGCACUACCAACCUCUCUUCACUCUGACAGCACUAAUCCCUGCCCAAACUCGUCACCACUACCAAGUCGACCAAUCACAGCUCUUGCGCUGUGUCACUGCAACGUGUAGUUGCAGCACCCACAAGACUCCUUGGAAUAAAUAUACUUGGCGGGAGAAGAGAUAGAAAUUUGAGGAGGGACAGAGAGAGGGAAGACAAAAAAAAAAGGUUCUUCAAACACACCGUCACUCAACCGGCUGAGGGAUCUGCUGAUGAUGUGCUUUGGCUCCUGGCAGACGGCGUUGAUUCCCCCGGACUUUUCUGAGGCCCCGUUUACACUAGUGCGUUUUAGUUUUAAAACGGCGUUUUAGAAUGAAAACGAUCCACACUGGCGUUUUACCCAGCGUUUCUGAACUGCUCUCCGUCCACACCAAAACGCUGAAAACGCACAUCACGUGACCACACACACACUCUCAGGCAAGCAUUGCAGCCCAUCUACCCAGAUGAGAGUUCUGUGAGUCGGACUGCCUAUCAAGCAUCUCCCGCUGGAUCUAAUCUCACUAUAUUUAUUAAACGGGAUAUUUCAUUCAUCUUGUUGUCUUUAUCUAACGACAUAUUCCCUGACU